AUGGGCCUUGUUCCGCUGCAGGUGCUGUGUGGUCGAAGGUUGGUCCUGUCUCCGACUGGUGGCCGACAGGCUUUAACUUCUCUCAGGGUUGGAAGAAGCAGAGCAUUCUCAGCUGCCAGCCCUGAUGAGCCGUACAUCGCAGUGUCACCUGCAGACUCAGGUCCCAGGACUGUGUGGCCAGAUGAGAACAUGGGACCGUUUGGACCUCAGGACCAGCGCUUCCAGUUGCCGGGUAACGCAGGGUUUGACUGCCACCUGGAGGGAAUGGGAAACCAAAAGAAGGCUCCGGUUAACAGGACGGUGCCUGAUGUACUGACGACUCCAAACAGCACAGAAAGACAUCACUUCAUACUGGCCCAGUUUGUCAACGAGUUCCAUGGGAAAUUAGGGCCUUUAUCCACAAGAGUUCACAAAGCUGAGCAAUACUUUAACCAGACAGACACAGAUUGUUCUAUCAGUUCCUGCCCUGAGCUGUUAAGGAAAGAACUGGAGCUGAUGUUCCCCUCGGCGCCCACGGCCUCCAUCACAGUCGUGACUGUAACACAGAGGACCAAUCAGAGGAACGAGGCGUCAGCAGAGCCGGACAAAGACCAGCUGCUUCAUAAGUUUGUGAGCGGAGCUAAGGAGAUGUGUUUCGCCCUGUGGACGGCAGGAUACUGGGCCGACUUUAUUAACCCAGCAACAGGAGAGGCUUUCUUUGCGUCUCCCUCAAGUGUGGCGGCGCUGAGUCCAGAGGAGCAGCUCAGACAUCUGGGCUUCCACAUCGAAGUGUCGGGCUCCUGCACUGUCAUUCGCCACAUCCUCAGGGGGACACCUUUAUUCGUUGGGACCGUUUUCACCAACGCACCUACUAACAGUGCUGCUAUUACCAGACUCCAAGGACUAUCAAAUGCAUUCGAUGAUGAGGAAUAGGCUUAUUUUUUUUAUAUUUUACACCAGAAAAUCUGCACAGAAUGCCUGUAAUUGUUGUCAGAUGUUUGAUUUUGCUAGUUUGUGUUAAAACCUUGUCUGACUGGAACAUGUAAGGACAUCCCUAUGCUAAUAGGACCCCCCCCUCACAAAUCUGUUAUGUCCUUCACUACAUCCAGGGUGAUUCACACUCAGCAAAGCAUCAACUUUGCAAUAUUUUCAGCCUGUAGAAAGUGUUAAUAUUUUAAGAGAUUAAUAUUUGUAUUUAUGAAAUAAUCUUUUCCAGGUGAUAAUAACUUGCAGAAACAGUACAAGGUUUAAAACCACCAGAAAGUUUUGGCUGGAACAAUAUCAGGUCAUCAAGACAUUUUACAACAACGUGGACUACUGUUGCUUCUAGCAAACACAACUUCUAUUGACGUACCACACUGCAAAUAAAAUGGGUUCUCUUCAGGAUGCAGUCACC